UUCACGUCUUCUGCGGGGAGGCCAGUCUAAGGACAUUGAAGGAUCUGAGCUCUGGAACUAAAUGACGAUGCUUUUUAACAAGGUUUUGAGGGCAGGUGUUCAAGCUGGACUCCGGUUUCAGGGUACCAGUGCUCAAGCUAGUGCCAAAGCAGCUACUGCCUCUUUGAAGGGAGGUAAUGGAGGCUUCAGCUUUGAACUAACCGAGCAGCAGAAAGAGUUCCAGGAGGUGGCAAGAAAGUUUGCACGAGAGGAGAUUGUUCCAGCUGCCCCAUCAUAUGACAGAAGUGGCGAAUAUCCUUUCCCCCUUAUUAAGAGAGCAUGGGAGCUGGGUCUAAUGAACGGACAUAUUCCAGAGGACUGUGGUGGAAUGGGUCUGGGCAUUUUUGAUGCCUGUCUCAUCACAGAAGAGCUGGCCUAUGGUUGCACUGGGGUGCAGACAGCCAUUGAGGCGAACUCUCUGGGGCAAAUGCCAGUCAUCAUCGCUGGUAAUGAUGCUCAGAGAAAGAAAUAUUUGGGCAGAAUGACAGAGGAACCAUUGAUGUGUGCGUACUGUGUAACUGAGCCAGGAGCAGGCUCUGAUGUGGCUGGAAUAAAGACCCGGGCUGUUAAGAAAGGAGAUGACUACGUGAUCAAUGGUCAGAAAAUGUGGAUCACUAAUGGAGGAAAAGCAAACUGGUACUUCCUGCUGGCCCGCACAGAUUCCGAUCCCAAAUGUCCUGCUAGCAAGGCUUUCACAGGCUUCAUUGUAGAUGCUGAUACCCCAGGAGUCCAGCCUGGCAGAAAGGAAUUAAACAUGGGCCAGAGAUGCUCCGACACCAGGGGCAUUACAUUUGAGGAUGUAGUGAUCCCGAAGGAGAACGUUUUGAUUGGAGAAGGAGCUGGCUUUAAGAUUGCCAUGGGUGCAUUUGACAAGACCAGACCACCAGUGGCUGCAGGUGCUACAGGCCUUGCACAGAGAGCACUAGAAGAGGCCACAAAGUAUGCUAUGGAAAGGAAGACCUUUGGAAAGUUUAUUGCAGAGCACCAGGCAGUGUCUUUCCUUCUGGCUGAAAUGGCCAUGAAAGUGGAGCUUGCCAGGAUGGCCUAUCAGAGAGCAGCUUGGGAAGUGGAUAUGGGUCGCAGGAACACUUACUAUGCUUCGAUCGCCAAGGCCUUUGCUGGAGACAUUGCCAACCAGUGUGCUUCUGAUGCUGUCCAGAUCUUUGGUGGAAACGGUUUCAAUAGUGAAUAUCCUGUGGAGAAGCUGAUGAGAGAUGCUAAGAUUUACCAGAUUUAUGAAGGAACUGCUCAAAUCCAAAGGCUCAUCAUCUCCAGAGAGGUCCUUGGGAAAUUCAAACAGUAAACCCUGGACAAUCCAUCCAUGCUAGUGCAACACUUUGAGCAUCUUUUUUACAUGAUUGUAUGGUUGAUCAACAGAUCUCAGGAUUGUGUUUCGCAGAUUGUAAAUUGCCUACAGAGAGAUCCGGUUGCCUUGUCAUAUCAGCUUGCCUUGCCAUAUUUAUGUUUGUUGAACAACUAAGUUGAUCAAAUGUUAAGCUGAACAAAGUAACAUAGUUACACCGUUCUUCCUCAGAUUCCUUUUGUAACAAAUGACGUCCUUUUGAAAGUAAAAAUAAAUAACCUGCCUGAAA